UCCAACUACAACACAAACAAAAAGAGAGAGAAAGAGAAAGAGUCAUGGUUUUGCUUUGAUUGUUCUUCAUAGGCCUCUUCAUCGCCAUCAUUAGCGAGGCCCAGUUUUGAAUUAUCUUUUCAAAGCCCCAUUAAAUUUGUUUUGAACAUUCAAAGAGUGAGAGAGAGAAUAAUGGAAAAUGGAAUUUAAAGGGACCCCUUUGUUUGGUUUGGAUCUCGUACUUCACCGAACUGUCACAUCUGACCCCUUUCUGAUUCUUUGCUUAUCAUCACCACCAGAGAAAAAGCAAGAAACUUCCUGAUCUGUUGCUGAACUUCUCGAUCUGGAUAUAAAAUCAAUGGAAGAAGAUCAGCAAAAGAAGUUUGUAUGCAAGUUUUGCGCCAGGAGGUUUUCGUGUGGGAAGGCCUUAGGUGGUCACAUCAGGACCCACAUGAAUAAGAAUUCAGCUGAAGAAGAAGACGAAGUAGAAGUGGAAGCUGAUGGUAAUGUUAAUGCUAAUAAUGUGGUAAAGUUUCAAUCUUUGAAUGGUGGAAGGAGGAGCAAGAGAGAUUUGUCAGGGUUUGAAGCUGAUGGUUUGGAUUCUGGUUAUGGUCUUAGAGAGAACCCCAGGAAAACUUGGAGGUUUGUGGAUUCAAGUAGUGCUACUUUAUUGCAGGAAAGGGUGUGUAAAGAAUGUGGCAAAGGUUUUCAAUCUUUGAAAGCUCUCUGUGGUCACAUGGCUUGUCACUCGGAUAAAGAGAAGCUGAUUAGCAAAUUUGAGGACAAUUCAUUGAUGGAUAGUCACUCAGACACUGAGACAUCGGGUCCAACACAACUUAGGAGAUCGAAAAGAAUGAGGUACAAGGCUGUUGAUGCUUACCCUUCUGGUUAUACUAUGGCAAAUGGUUCUUCAUCUGUGUCUGGGAUUGAACAAGAACAGGAAGAGGUGGCUAUGUGUUUGAUGAUGUUGUCUAGGGACUCUGGUCAAAGAAAUGGUUUGAAUUCUUUGGCAGAGUCUUCGGAUAACAAUUCAGUGGUUUUAGAGGCCAAAUCAUGUUCUAUUGAUGUGAAAAUGAAAAUUACCAUGAAGAAUAGUAGGAAUUGUGCCUCUAACAUUAAUGAGAUUGUGAAGCUUAAGAAGCAAAUAGACAAGAAGUUGAAAACUUCUGAGAUUAGUCUUUCUGACAAUUCUGAUUCUGGGUAUUUUAGGAAUGGACCCAAAAAGGCUGAAUCAGAUGUUUCUGUUGAUGGGUCUUAUUGGGGUGACGGAUUUAAGAAGCCUAAAGUGUAUUAUGGAUCUGGGAUUGGGGGCUUUGAUUCUGAAUUGGGUAAAAGUUCAAGCUUUGAAUUAAGGAAGGAGUUGAUCAAUGAUGAAGGAUAUGGUCCAGUUGGUACGGAGUGCGAUUUAAGAAUGAAAGCUAAAAAUGAUUCUUUCAAUGCUGAAUUUUCAGAGGGCUCCAGCAAGAAGAUAAAAAAUGAUUCUUCCAAAGUUAAAGGUAGCAAGAAUGCUCAUAAGAGAGGCAAAUAUGAGUGCUUGAAUUGUAACAUGAGCUUCCACUCUCAUAGGGCUCUCGGGGGACACAGAGCUAGCCAUACAAAGAGCAAUGGCUACUGUGAGGCUAUAUAUGAGAGCGGCGAAAAUAGCACAGGCACUGGUUCUCUUGCUGUUCCAAAACCUCAGAGUAAACAUGUUGAGUCCUGCAGUGUGAAAACCUCAACUAGUCAGAGUUUCUCUGGCCAUUCUAAGAAAAGAAUGGGGCCAAGGAAAAGCAAGGGGCAUGAAUGUCCAAUCUGCUUCAGGGUUUUCCGGUCGGGCCAAGCUUUGGGUGGUCACAAGAGGUCCCAUUUUAUUGGAGGUUCUGAAGAAAGAACUUUGGUCCUCAAGCAAGAGCUCCCUGAGUUUCAUGGUCUAAUUGAUCUUAAUCUUCCUGCUCCCACUGAUGAAGAGGCAAAUGGGGAUGAUGCCCAGUUCAUGCCAUGGUAGGUUGCAAGCAGAAACAAGCAAUGAGUUGCUGGUGGGUAACAUUGAUUUAUAUAUUUUUAUUUAUUUUUAUCAAACCUCCAUGAGAUGCAAGAGAUGCAAAGGUGUACAGACAAGUUGGCCAAUUUCUUUUCCUUUUUCACUUUGCUUCAGAUUCAAGAAUGUUCGGUUGAGGUAAAUGUUCCAUUGUUGCUCCUGGCCUGUACACAGCAGUUUUUCUUGCAUUUGAAGUUCUUCAUUUCUUUUAAGUUCAUUCGUCUAUUUCAUUUGCAAACUGCCAUAUGUGCACCAAAUUAGUUCUAUAUUUCUUCUUUAGUAUAACAUCUUCCCUGAAAACUACUUCAACUAGUGGCUUUAAACUGUGAUUUUUGGUCCCAAUUUUGUCUUUGUGGAGACCCUGAAUA